AGUUUGCGUCACUCGACUUCUUGCUCUUUGACGUCCAUUAACUAGGGUCUGAGCAACAAGACAGAACUUGUCUCUUACCCAGCACCUACAAAGGCUACAAUGUCGUCUGGUGAACUUAGGUAUACUCCUUUGCAGGAGAUUGACUCGAUUUAUGCGAGACUGUCAGCUGAGUUUCUGAAAUGGAGGACCAGGUCCAUCGAGUUCCGCAAGCAGCAGCUUUCUCAACUGGCCUAUUUGGUGAAAGACAAUCAGCAAAGAUUCGAAGAAGCUUUGUCGCAUGAUUUGGGCAAGCCUGCUCUCGAGGCUAUCAUAACGGAAAUAGGUGUAACGUUAAAAGACGCUUUGGAGGCGUAUAAUAAGGUCGAGAAAUGGGCUGCAGACAGCAAGACCCCGUUCAGCUUGGACGCACUUGCACUGCGACCUAAGAUCCGCAAGGAACCGAAAGGUGCUGUUCUCAUCAUUGGGGCGUUCAACUUCCCUGUGCGGCUCACUCUUGGACAUAUGGCAAGUGCCAUUGCAGCUGGAAAUGCUUGUGUCAUAAAGCCGUCGGAGUCUGCGCCUGCUGUAGCGGCAUUAAUAGCAGAACUGGUUCCAAAAUACCUCGAUCCGAGUUUGUACGCCGUAGUCAAUGGAGCGGUUCCUGAGAUGACAAAGUUGCUCGCGCUUAAAUGGGACCACAUAAUGUAUACUGGUGGCAGCAAAGUUGCCCGUAUUGUCGCAGCAGCGGCGGCUAUACACCUUACGCCCUUGACUCUUGAGCUUGGAGGCAAAAAUCCUGUCAUUGUCGACCCCAGAUUUGACCUAGCUUUGGCAGCGAAACGAAUUGCCUGGGGACGAUUCACUAAUGCUGGGCAGAUAUGCGUGUGCCCUGACUAUGUGCUUAUUCCUGCUGAGUACCAGGAUAAGUUCGUGGCAGAGCUCACCAAAGUACUGAAGUCGUUCUAUCCGGACGGAGCAUUGAAAUCAAACUCCUUCGCGAGGAUUGUUACUAAUGCGCACUUCAAGCGUAUCAAAGGAUUACUGGACGAAACGAAGGGCGAGAUCGUGAUCGGUGGACAGACAGUCGAAUCUGAGAAGUUUAUUGCCCCGACAAUUGUGAAGAACGUUUCUCCGGAGGACGCGCUGAUGAGCCAAGAGAUCUUUGGACCUGUGCUCGCAAUUGUCCCCGUGAAGAAUGUCGACAAGGCGAUUGCUUUCGUCAAUGCACGCGAUCGCCCACUGUCUCUGUAUUUAUUCACAAACGACGCAGCGUUGAAGAAGCGAGUCUUUGACACCACUCGGAGUGGAGGCGCUCUUUGUAAUGAUUUGCUUCUGCAAGGAGCUGCUGAAGGUCUUCCUUUCGGAGGUGUUGGUGAAAGUGGAUACGGUCAAAACGGAGGAAAGUGGGGCUUUGACACGUUUACUCAUUUCAGAGCCUCAGCAGAAUCUCCUCUUAUAAUGGAAUGGCUCCUGGGCAGCCGCUAUCCACCGUAUACUCAAGAAAAGCUUAAGUCAUUGAUGAUGGUCAUGUUCCCAGGUGUGCCGCCACGUGUUGGCGAGUCACCUAGUCUCUUGUCGAGUACAAAAGCCCGAGUGUUGAUUACUUCCGCACUGGUUCUUGGAGCUGCCCUUGCUACUCGGUCCAUAUCAGCCUCUGGUGCUCUGGAAUUCAUGCAUGGACUCCCGUUUGUUUCUUUUGGUUCAAAGUAAGACCUACUGUGCAAUUUUAUAUUGUGUCACAGGGACCGGCCAAAGGCACUUGUAUUCCACUUUCUAGCUUGCAGUAGUGCAGUAAUAGUUGAAUAGGUACUGUAGUGACUUGUUUCCUAUUUUGUCAGGUUCUCUGUAUCGAAUUGCCUAAUGAAAUAAC